AUGCCUCACACUCAUAUCUCACGUACUGUCCGACAUUCACGAUAUAAUGGUAAUGAGUCUCUUUAUGAGGCUCUUAUCGGAGUGCAUAAUCAGAAUAGAAGGUUGUGGUGUGAAAUAAGAUCCUUAAAGAGAAGAAUUGUGGUGUUGGAAGCAGAGUUGGAAGAGAUUCGUUUUUGGGAUGCGGAGUCAGUAGAAGAGAAUUGGAAGAGAGACAAAAAGCAUUGGAGAGUUGUUCAAGAAAGAAAUCAGUUGUGGGUUCAG